AAGUUUGGAAUGGUUCAGUUGUAGCGGUACCGCGGCUCGGGUCGCACGCGUGUCUCCGUUUUCGCGUGGUCGCGUGUCUUUGCUCGCGCGUGUAUCAGUUCGCUUUCUCUCCCUCUUUCUCUCUCUCUCUCCUUCUCCCUCGCUCGCGAUCUUCCCCUUCGUUCGGGUUCGCCGGCCGGUCCCUCUCGCGUGCACGAGACCGCCGCGUGACGUCUGACCAAGCACGAGGCUCUUCCACUCGCGCGCCUCUUUCGCCGGUCCUCCUCGUUUCGAUCACGACCCAGAGUUUGCUAUAGAGGGAUCGAUCGUCUUGUGGAUAGUUACGUUGUCGCGACAACGGAAGAUCAAGGAAGCAGGAUCGAUCGUUGGAUUAUUGGAGUAUGAUAAGUCCAAGCAGCGUUGAACACUAGUUAUCCUCUAGAUUUUCAAGGAUAGGGGAAUGGAUGAAUCCUGGAUCGGUUAUCGAUAAAAAAAGACACGGCCUAAAAGGAAGAGGAAAUAGUUGGCACGAAGAACUAAUCUUGGAUAGAUUAUAAAUAAAUACAAUCGAUCUGGAGACCGAUGAAACUGUCGUAUUGGACGGUUCGUGAAAUGACACCUGUGCGAGCGUAGCCGGGAUCGAUUGAUGAGCGCACCUCGAUCCCGAUGAUCAGGGGACGCGUGCAGAUCGAUCGUCACAUGAAAACGUGCGCACCGCGCGCGUGCCGGCUUCGCGAGAGUGCCGGCGCGCCGGUGCACGAGCGGGCAAACUGAAUUUAACGUUAUGGUAACGCGAAUCGAUCGUGGGAUACCCUCCACCCCCGACCAUCGCGAUUUCCCGUGCCCGUGCAUGCACGUACAACGUGCCGUACCGUGAAACCAGCGCGAAAAAGGCGAAGAGGUAAUUGAACUAUCGGCCCUUGAGUUUCCAACCGGGGGUUUCCAGCUAAAUUGCCAUUGGAGAAACUCUGUCAACUUUUCAACCGAGAUAAUAUCUUUUACGAGCGGACUCGAUUUCGCCACCAAAUUUCUCGCGAUUCACUGGACGAGGAUCCAUCGGAUCGAAGACGAAAAGGGAAAGGGAAAUAUAUAUAUAUAUAUAUAUAUAUAUAUAUGGCAUACUGCACGUUUGCUUUGAUCCGGAAAAAUCUUUGCGACGAGCACGUGUUAAUACGUCGCUCGUUUUCGAAGUGAUCAAUCAACCCGAAGAGUUGCUCUGCGGGGAACCGAGUACGUCGAUCAAAACGAGCUAUUAGUAGAUUAAUGUAUCUAUUCUAUUUAUGGUUAACGAGCGACCCUUAAUGUCGAUGAUUAGAAGGAUGAAUAGACAAGACGACGAUCGAGUAACGUAGAUAAUCAUAAUCAAGUAUCUCGAAACUUCUAUUCGAGAAUUCUGCCCAAUUUCGGUGUUCGAUCACUUUUCACGCGUCGCUAAGAGAGAUAUAUCGAAGAUGAAUGAUAUACUUUCGCAAGGUGCACGAUAGGAAAGAUUGGAAAUUGUAGGAUCGAGUUGGCCGGGUAUAAGAAUUCUUACACAGGUCGUUUACACGGUGGGGGAUCGUUAGCUGGAAUAAUCGGUGGGGAGGUCAGUGUUCGCUGCAUAAAUUUUUGCGCUCUCGCGGAAACCCUAUUGAGCCUAUAUAGGGCUUGGAAAGUUCACCAAGGUGUGAAAAGGAAGGAAAAACAGAGGGAGAAGAGAAGUCGGUUUGUUUGCCUAGUCGAAACGAAGCCGGUGUAUUUGUAGCAGAACCGGAAGAUUUGCUUGGUAAUGCGAUGAAAGCCGACAUCGAUGGCCCUCGUAACGAGAAUAUAGCGCACGUUGUUCGCGCUUUGGAAACGUCGUGGAAUCCACAGGUCGAUAAAUUCGAGAUCAACGACUUCUGGAACUUUUUUUCAAACUUGAAUCGUUCCCGAUAGAAAAAAUUGAUCGGGGAUGAAACGUGAAUUUAACGAAACCAGGAAUUCAAAUGGUUGAAUAUUUUUUAAAUAAAACGAAAGGGACUCGAGAACAGUGGAGAUAUUUUGCAUUCAGAAACAUUCCUUAAGCGAAUUAAAUUAACAAUCGACGUGACUGUUGAACAACGGAAGAGGAAGUGGUGAAUUUUAUCGCGUUUUUGGAUUUGGUAAAAAGAAUUUCCGCAUAAUUGGGAACAAGGAGAAGACGUCGAAGAAAAUUUCCACGAAGGAGGGAAAACGAUGGUGUUAAUCCUUCGCUGGAAAUCAGCACGGUUGAAAACAAUUCCAGAAGAUAAACAAGUUUAUCGGGAAACGGCGAAUCUAUUGUCGUUGAAGUUGAUCAAACCUCGUAGCAGUUUAAUAGUUGAGAUAUCUGCUUAACAGGGCAAACUUCGUUUGCAAAACACUUGGGUUGGGGAGACUCAGUUGUGUUGUAAGUUUUAUCUUCCGACGAAAAACAAGGGGGACGAUCUUUCGUGGUUUUACGAUCGAUUAAAACGAAGAUAAAAUAAAACAUUCGAUACCAAAGAAAGUGAUACGGGAUAAUACAACAAGCUGGAAUAGAGACAAACAUGCAACAGACGUGCCUGAACGUGUUUUCUUAAGGGACUUUAAACAAAUUACUUUACUUUGCGUACACUGGAAACGUUUCGAGAGGGAAGCUCUUUUACCAAACAAUCGCUCUGCAAAAAGGAAUUUUCCCCGUUUCUCUACACGGAAAAUCAUUCAAUCGAUCCUAUUUUCUUUUUCUAUUCUCGAAUUCCAAACCACGAAUAUAAUAGAAAAAAUAAAAGAUGACCGUUAAAACAAGCUUGAAUUACACGAGUCUAGUACUCAUCGUUACUAUUUGAUUCGUGUUCUAACCAGAUGAAUUAAAAGAAAUGUAUCUCACAAUGUUUCAUCGCCAGAAAGUGAUCCAGAGAAGCUUUUCGAAGCAAAUGUUGUCGGUUCGUUAAAAAAAAAGAAGCAGAAGAAGCGGAGAGGCAAAGGGGAAGAUAAAAGAGGGAAGAUCGAAGUUUGAUUGGAAACGAGCGAGCAAGGUGAACUGUUCCGCGAUUCGAAGUGAAGCAAGUGCGUGUGGAUGUGCGUGUACGAUAGGGGUGUGUGUUCCAACGGCAAUGAGGAGUAUCGAGCACGCGUUGUCAGGACCUUGUCUGGAUGAAAAGUUGGCCGCGAUAGCGGGGACUGGAUUGUCGCGUGGCUAAGUAUGGGUAUGGUGUGCAAGUAGGUUUUCUUUUCUUCCGGCUUCUGGUGGAGAAGCGACGUACAAGUGGCCCCGGAAGAGGACGAUGAUGUCUAGACAAAGCAAAGACCCGGUGCAGAAGUGCCACUCGGACCCAGGUGCUGCGAGUACCGGCGGUACUCCUUGCAGCCCUGGUAAGCGAAUUUCUCGGAGACUAGUGCCCGGCAUUCCGAGCUCUUCCAACACGCGCAAGUGUGUUCUCACCUUGGACGGGUACAGCUAUGUGAUCGUUGCAUCUCCGCCGGAUCGAAGAGCCACAAGAGACGAUAUUGCAGUGUCCUCACCUGGUGCAUCUCCGAACGUUAAUGCAACUACGAGCUGCACUGGUACAACAUCGUCUCGAUUGCACAAUCCUUCCUCGCCAGGUCGAAAUGGCCAGCUAUCGAAACAAGGUACAUUAACGAUAGUACGCCGGAGUUCUGGCAAGAAUAAGAGCAUUGGCGGAAGUUUCGAAAGUUCUCCGCCCCCGCACAGUCCUGACACUCUUUCGUCAAGUCAAUCCGUGGAUCUCGACGAGAUCCUUGAUAAUGUCGAUCUAACGACAGACUCGCUUCCUGCCGUUGACACCCCCGACGCUUGCGACAAAGCUGCUCUCAGAUUGAGAUGUUUACUGAGGCAGCUUCAACAUGGCGAAAUAUCAGCAGAAUUACUUCAACGAAAUUUACACUACGCGGCACGUGUACUCGAAGCUGUCUUCCUCGAUGAAACCAAUUAUAUGCAGGCAGUGACUUCUUCGAGAAGAUAUAUAUAUGUGUAUAUAUAUAUGUAUAUAUAUAUGUACAUUGUAUUGUUACAGUUUUUUAAUCUUAAAUUGCAUCUAUAAUUCUAAGAAUAUAUUCAUAAUCAAACUAUACUUUAAAUUCUAGGCAAUACAACUAAUUGAUCAUUUAGAAAUUUAUUUUACUAUUUAUUAUAAUCAUCAAUUUAUUAAUAUUUUUAUUAAUAUCUAAUGACUAAUGAUAUUUUAAUGAAUAUUUUCUAUAAUGUUUGACAUUUUGUACGACUCACGACCCUUGAAAUUACGAAGAAAUAAUGAAAAUGAUAAAUUAUAUUUAUGAUAUAUUAUAUCUUCGUAAGAUAUAUAUUAUCCAAGAUAGUGAAAAUAAUAAAUUACAUAUAUAUACAUAUCAAUUUUAUAACGGAAAUAUCAAAAUUUAACAUUACCAUCAAUUUAAGCAUUAAGGAUAUCAAGAGCGCCUCUUUAGCUCAGUGGUAGAGCACUGGUCUCGUAAACCAGGGGUCGUGAGUUCAAUCCUCACAGGAGGCAAUCAAUUUUUUUUCUUCUUAUAUAUCGUAAUUUUUUGAAUAUUUACCAAUGAACAAUUUACUAUUUUUAACAAUUAUUUUAAUAAUUCUUUCUAUAAA